CAGAAAUAUCGGCCUCUUUUUGUUACAAACACAUUUAUAAUGUUCUGCGAAAAAGCUGUCGAACUUAUAAGAGAACUACAUCGGAUGGGAGAUGGCCAGCUGCCCGCGUUUAAUGAAGACAGUAUUCGGCAAGUCCUGGAAGAAAUGAAGGCUCUGUAUGAACAGAAUCAGAGUGAUGUGAAUGAGGCAAAGACAGAGGGCAAGAGUGAGCUGAUACCAAGCAUCAAGUUCCGCCACUGCUGUCUACUGAGGAACCAGCGCUGUAUCUCCGCAUACCUUUAUGAUCGCCUCCUGCGAAUCCGUGCUCUCAGAUGGGAGUACGGCAGUGUACUGCCCACAGCCAUUAGGUUUCAUAUGUGUGCUGAAGAGAUGGAGUGGUUCAAUCAGUAUAAAAAAUCCUUGGCGACCUAUAUGAGAUCAAUUGGGGGAGAGGAAGGUUUGGACAUAACACAGGAUAUGAAGCCCCCUAAGAGUUUAUACAUUGAGGUGCGGUGUCUUAAAGACCAUGGCGAGUUUGAAAUAGAUGAUGGCACUGUGAUUCUGUUGAAGAAAAAUAGCCAGCACUUCUUACCCAGAUGGAAAUGUGAGCAGCUUAUUCGGCAGGGUGUAUUAGAGCAUGUCAUCUCCUAAGAAUAAGCAGUGGAU